GUUUCAGCGUCCCCCACACGUUGGCCACACUGUUACUCAAGAGAUUAGUGAUGUUGCUGGCGUGAUUGCAUUUUGAGAUCGUUCUUCUCUGUUUUUUAUUCCUGGAUAGCAGAAACAAUGAUCGCAUUUAAUUAGUAAUGAUAUCGUAAAAAUCGACGAUUUUUAUGGGAACCAGUGUAAUCUAUUCAGGGGACAUAGUACCAGUUUUAUCAAUCGCUGUACCAACACAUUUCAACAUUAGUUGAUCGUUCCUGCUUAGAUAACAGGAAUCGAUGAAACAUUUAUUUAGGAGAUUUAUGUGUAAAUAUCUAAUAUGGAGAAAAUAACCCAUUUGUGGAAUGUCAAUCAAUUCAUUACAAAAUUAAAUGGUUUACAGAAGAAAAACUUACAACCAUAUUACAUACAAAGGUGUAGAAGAUUAAGCAAAGGGGUAAAUAUGCCAAUGCAAAACUUUGGUCCUUCAGUGAUGUGUCCUUACUGUGGAUCACUUUGGAAUACAAUGGAUUAUAGUAUUAGGAUAUCGAAAGGCAGACCAAUUUCCAGAUCUAUUAGAAAGGUUAUACGUUCCAUAAACAACAAUGACAAAAGUACAUCUAAAUUUCAUAGAAGUUUAGCAAAGAAAUGUUUAAGAAAUAAGAUGAAUAAACUAAUACUGAAAUGUUCAGUUUGUUUGCAAACUACUAAGAUGCCUCUUAAUAAACCGCCAAGAGAAAAACUAUUAAAACUUAGCACAAAAGAUAUCGAAACAUCACAGAAACGUAAAAAGAAGAAGAGGAAGACGAAAGAUAAGACUGCAGGUUUAAAUAUCUCUGGAAUCUUAAAUUCAAGCGUGGAAACUGUUACGGAAGGACUAAAAGAAACACCUGCAAAGAAAAUUGGGACUGCUACAAGCUUUAUUACAUCGAGUCAAAAGAUAAAAAAACUAAAUCUAAAUCGAUUAAAAGAUAUCGUGAAUCAUGGUGCAACACCCACCAAAAGAAAGAGUUUGCACAGUUUCUUAACACAGCUUUGCUGAUAAUUUAUUAAAAUAUUUUAUAAAAUCUCAUGAUUAUCAUAAAGUGUUACUUAUAAGAUAAAAAAUACCUUGUAUAUUUCAUUUACAAAAACUUCGUAUCCUUUUAUAAUAACUCCCGUACCGUUUAACGCCUACAGUUCUCCCUAAAAGAUAACACUUGUUUCUUUA